UUAUCAUCUAAAUUUUGUAGUUCAUUCUUCAGAAGAAACUUCAUGGGUUUCCACACAAAAUCGCCGGACCGAGUAACUCAUGAAGAAGAAGAAGCAAAUAUAGGAGUUGAUAAUCAACCAAGAGAAACGACAUCAACAUCUCUUAAUAGGUCACAAAUUAUUAAGACAAGAAACUGGUGGAUUUGUAUCUUUGUCUGCUCGUGUUUGGUCGUAGCAGGACGUGUUUUAUCCACCCUUCUUUUAAACUUCUACUUCAUCCAAACAGGACGAGAUGUUUGUGAUGACCCAAAGCAAUUUAAAGGCACAUGGCUCCAGUCUAUGGUCCAAAACGCUGCGUUUCCUUUUACAGCCUUUCUUCUUCUCUUAUGGCGUUCUUCAUUUUCCACCCAUAGUGAAACUUCCUCUUCUUCUUCUUCUUUUGGCAAACUCUUUCUUCUUUACAUCUCUCUCGGCGUCCUAUUUGCGGCUUAUAGCCAACUCUAUGCAAUUGGGCGAACGCAUUGUGUGUUCUUCUUGUGGAUCUUUACUUCCCAAUUGAUUUUCACUUCCAUAUUUACAACAAUUAUCAACAAACAAAAAUUCAACCGUUGGAUCAUAUUAUCCAUGGUCCUUUCUGGAGCUGCCACAGGCUUAGGCAUUACAUCUUCAGGUGGCGCCUAUAUUCCCUGCGAAAAUGAAGGCUCAAAAAUGAGUAACGGCGCUUGGUGUGCCUUCUUUGGCACGGUAGCAUUCUCUUUAUCUUUAUGUAUCAUGCAAUUAGGGUUCCAAAAGGUCAUACCGACUACACAGAGUAGAGUUUCCGCGGUGAUUCUAAUGCAAACCAAUGCUUCUAUGAUUGCAACGUUGAUAUGUUUGGUUGGAUUAUUCGUUAGUGGUGAAUUCAAAGAUAUAAAAGAAGAUUUUGAGACGUUUAAGAAGGGGAAGCCACUUUAUGUCUUGAGUCUAAUUGGAUUAUCGCUUGCGUGGCAAGUAAUGUCUUUAGGGCUUGUGGGGCUAGUGUGUUUGGCUUCUUCUCUUUUCUCUAAUGUUGUCAGCUUCUGCUCAACGCCAUUAGUAAACAUUCUCCUUGUGUUGGCGUUUCGGUUUACGGAUGCCGACGUUAAAUUUUUUAAGGAAGGAGCUCUGGUAGCUGGGAUUCUUGGUUUUGCAUCUUAUGUGUAUUCCUUGUAUAAGUCUACCAAGAAAAAGGAAAUAGCAAGCCAAAGCCAAACAACUAGAGUAUGAUUAUAUUAUAUUGAUCAUAUGAAUUUAUGUGUGUGUAAUUUCUGUUGUUAUACACUUUCAUGUGAUUCAUACUGUUACUCAGUGUUUGUCCAUUUCACUAAUGUUCGAUAGCUUUCGUCUAUCUUGUAAGUUGUAACUACGCCUUAUAAUGGUGAGUGUUUCUUCAAAUAAAGCUACAGGAG